GUUCCCCAUGUGUUCCUCCUCGUGGUAAUGCUCGUCGUUCUCAGCAUCCGCACCACGAAGUUGGCGACCUGCCUCUUGUUGCGUCGUUCGGCGAUGGGCUUGAACGGCAGACAAUGAUGGUACUGCUCGCAGAAUUCUCUCGCUGCUUACCAUCGUACUUCAUGACGAGGCUUGGCGAGAACUCCAACGUCCUUGCUUGCCCUCCGCGAGCCUUGAGUCCUGCGCAGAAGGAAGAGCUUGGGGCCCUCGGUGCCAUCGUCGGCCUCUGCUUGGUGAAUGGUAUGGCAAUCCCGAAGAUCGCAGGGGAAUGGUUGAUCUAUCUUCUCAAUGGCUGCAACUUUGAGGCGAUCACGCGCGAGGUCACACAGGCCUUCCAUCCUCGUCUCGCAGCGGAGAUCAUCCAGCUUGACAGCAUUGGGCCGACUGGCGAUCUCACACCUUUCGAAGAAGACUUUGUCAUUUACCUUGGGAAGCAUACUGCAUUGUACACGAUUCGUGACGAAGAAACACAUGCUGCUUUUGCCCCAAUGCUCCUGUACAAGGCUCUGCUAGGCGACGACACUGUUGCAGAGCAUACCGAUACUCGUGCUUUCCGCGCAGGCUUCGAGUUGCCGUGUCACAACGGGUUCACAUUGUCGAAGGCUGCUCAAGCAUUCGCCGGUGGACCAGCUGCACUCGUGAUGGCAGCCUGUUCGACACGAAUUGGCAGCUACGAAAGCCUCAAGCCUUACCUCGAUAUUAUCGUCAAGCACACCGUCCCUCUUCCCCUGAAGACGAUAGCCUUCGACGAUGGGCGCGCCAGUCUAGGGGAUGUGGUCAGGGGCUUCCUCCAGCGCACAGGCAUUCCCUGCGCUGCGUCGUUCGAGAGGAAGCGAGCUGCCGGGACGUUCACCUCUGACCUCGUUUCACUUGAAGAGAUCGACUCUCCGAGCUUCCGCCCUCGCAUGCUCGCCAUCGCUGCCACUGGCUCCGACUCGAUUGUGGGUAGCGAGAAAAUCAAGAUCACUUUCGUCGGCAAUAGUGACGAGGCGUAUGCCUGCCCUGUCGCAAGCCGCGCAUUCUGCGAAAAGGAAGGCAUCGUCAGCUGGCAGACAUGCUUCAAGGAAGGUGUCGUUCCGACUGCCUACCUCGCACAGCUCGUCCACGAGGUAUACGAUCCGAAUUCGGUGGACAAGCCGACGUCCCUCCUCAAUGCAAUCGACAGCUGGCUUCUUGAGGAAUUGCUUUCUGCGAUCGCCAGUCCCCAUGGUGGUAUCCUUUGAUGUUCUCAUUCAGUUUGCAGGUGGAGGCGACUCGGGCCUGCUUUACGAUCGUAGCGACGCCCGAGU